UAAACAUUCAUGCAGGAUUAAGGUCACGUUGUUAUCUAAAUCCGAACAGAUUGAAUUUUGUGUAAGAAACCAUUUGAACUGACACGAUUCGGCAUAUAUCAUGGUGUUUCUAACGUUAUCGUGUUGGAUACGUAACCGAGGGCCCGACAGAUAUUGGAAAGUUCAAGAAGUUUUGAAGAAUGCACGGCAUUUUAGGGGAAGGAAGAAUCGGUGUUACAGUUUGGCAGUGCGAGCGGUGCGGAGAGCGUUUGUCUAUGCAACAAAGGCUCGCAAGGCUAAACGACGCAGCAUGCGGACACUGUGGAUAUCUCGUAUAGCUGCUGCUUCUCGGGAGCACGGAAUGAAGUAUCCUGUCCUUAUCAGCAACCUAGUUAAGAGUAGCGUCCAGGUAAAUCGACGUGUUUUGAGUGACCUCGCUGUAACUGAACCACGGUCAUUCCUCUCUCUUGCCAAGCUGGCCAGGGCACGGCAACAAGAAGGGUUCUGCGCUGCCCUGGGUAAUGGCAAAGAGCCCCCUGGUGUCUUCUCUCGCAUCGUUCAGUUACAGUGAUCCAGUAUUGUCUGCCAACCUGUUCCAGUGGACUCCAUGUUUGUGUACCCCAAAGACAGGAUAACUGUUUCAUCCUGUUACAGAUUUUCCUUCCUCAGUAUCCAGCUGAUGUAGACCUCACUAAAUAGCAAUGUCCAGUUUCAUGGGAACCACAAUAUGGAUAGAGUCUAACCUCGUUCAGAGGCGUUUCACAGGAGCCAUGCAGUACCUGAAAAGUUGGGAGGGACAGUGAUUUUGUGAGUUCAGAGGGACAUGACUUGACCUUUUAUUUGUAAUGCCUUGUGUUUGUUUAUGUAAAUAUAUAUAAUUCUUUGUCAAUAAAUGAUGUUUAUCCA